CAUGUUAUCGAGGAAACGCUUCAAAUCGCUGCGGCGUCUUGACCCGGGUGAACCGUAACGUAUUUCAAACGCUGACAUCCCAAACACAAACCUUGAUCUUUAAAUUCGUCAGCUGUACGUUCGUAGAGUCACCGGCCAGCGAAGCAGCUGGUCGAAACGGGUUUUGUUAUUUUCCCCCAUCGACUUGAAGGCCAAAGCGGCUGCCAUGGAUUUUUAAGGCAUAAUGCGGCACCUCUAAUGCAACGGCAAUGCAUAGUGCAAGGCAAAAUCAACUGCGAAACUCCAUCUUCGCAACUGCUAAGCAGUUGGGCUCAAAUACCGUCCGCGGUAUACCUGCGAGCCAACCGGUACCGCUGCUCCUGGACCGGAGGAAGCUAACGCUAGCUAGCUAGUCAUCUUAGCUAAUCCCAUCAAACUGGGGAAAAAAAAGUCGUCAACACCAUCGAUCAAAAUGAAGCCUCAAAACAUCGUCGCCGAGAAGACCAGCUUGUGGAUAUUCGGGUACGGGUCACUGGUGUGGAAGCCCGACUUCAAGUACAUGAGGAGCAAGGUUGGUUACAUACAAGGCUACAAGAGACGUUUCUGGCACGGAGACAACUUCCACCGCGGGAAUGACGAGUUGCCCGGAAGAGUGGUGACGCUGAUUGAAGAUGAUGAUGAGAGCACUUGGGGUGUGGCUUUUGAGGUGACAGGCUCUCAAGUCGAGGAGUCCCUGAAGUACCUCAAUGUGCGCGAGACGGUCUGCGGCGGCUACGUCACCAAAAUGGUGGAGUUCUUCCCCAAGGGGGAGAACCAACCUCCGGUUCAGGCGCUGGUGUACAUCGCCACUGCAGACAACCCCCUGUACCUGGGGCCGGCCAGCUCGGAGGAGAUCGGGUUCCAGAUUGCUGUGUGCAGUGGAAAGACGGGCCACAACCUGGAGUAUCUGCUCCGCUUGGCUGAGUUCAUGAGGAGCAGCUGCCCGCACGUUGAAGACCAUCACCUGUUCUCCAUCGAGGCAGCCGCACAGACCAUGGUGCACUGUCUGUUGGCCCUGCAGUAGCUUGUACCCUGUGUCUCACUAGCUUGUAUCGUGGAUGAAUACACUACACAUACAUCACCCAGAGGCUUUUCACCAAUCAUGCAGUCCACCUAUGUUUUAUGUUGUGAAAUCUAGGUUCACGUUACCAUCCAGUGUACUUGAAUUCAUUGAAUGCUACUGAAAUGAAAACAAAAGGGAAGCAUGAUAUUAACUGGGUUACUUUUGUUCUGACCCAUGUUUACAUGUAACGUUACACCUGUUAAAUGUGUGAUCACUGAAUUCUUGUCUGAAGAUCUGUUCACAUGUGGGGUUUUCUAUAAUUUUAUUUUUAUUUGCACAACUCUGACUCCAUCCAAUCCAUUCAGACGGCAAAGCAAUUGUGGUAGUUGAACCUGUUUGCAAUUAAAUGGUUUGGUUUUUUUUCUUAAAGGUAUGAACCAGUUGUUUUUUACUAGUUGCUUGUGGCAACUUCCAUCCACUGUAGAAGCAAAAUACAAAUAAAAAGUUAAACAGUAA